CCGCUCUGCGUUCUCACCAGGCUCCUCGGCAAUGCCAGUCCACUGUUGAGGCGACUAGGUUUCUGGGUGUCCUUGUCUCUCCUGGCAUUUGUCUGAAGUGGAACUGUCUGUCUGAACUAGGCCGGGACGCUCCCUGCCCUGGGUAAGGAGGAAAGAUGGGGGUGGGGUGGGGGAGGAGGGGGCCCUGGGGUGGAGUUAGUCCCUGCCUAUUUUCAUAUUCAUUAGGACUGGGAGGUUGCCGGAGGAGCCCAGCUGAGUUUCAAGAUAUAAAAGCAACUUCGGGUGCCCCUUCUGCAGCCGGGACGUAUUAAGAGUCUGGGAGCUGGGCAGCUCCUGGCGUCGCGGGGCUCGCUUCCCCUUUCCCUCCUCUCUGACCCUCCCUCCUCCCGCCCACUACUCCCUCCUCCCUCUGCGCUCUCCAGCCUCCGCUCGCCCGGGAGAGCUCCGGGACAGCCUUCCAGGAUUAUGGAGUUUCUGAGCGAGAAGUUUGCCCUGAAGAGCCCGCCGAGUAAAAACAGUGACUUUUACAUGGGCACAGGAGGCGCGUUGGAGCACGUUAUGGAGACGCUGGACAAUGAGUCCUUUUACGGCAAAGCGACCGCUGGCAAAUGCGUGCAGGCCUUCGGGCCGCUGCCGCGAGCUGAGCAUCACGUGCGCCUGGACAGGACCUCGCCCUGUCAGGACAGCAGCGUGAACUAUGGGAUCACCAAAGUAGAAGGACAGCCCCUUCACACCGAGCUCAAUCGAGCAAUGGACGGCUGCAACAACCUCAGGAUGUCUCCUGUGAAGGGGAUGCCAGAGAAGAGCGAACUGGAUGAACUUGGGGACAAAUGCGACAGCAAUGUAUCCAGCAGCAAAAAGAGGAGACACCGAACUACGUUCACCAGUUUGCAGCUGGAGGAACUGGAGAAGGUUUUCCAAAAAACGCAUUACCCGGAUGUAUAUGUCAGAGAACAGCUUGCACUGAGGACGGAGCUCACUGAGGCCAGGGUCCAGGUUUGGUUUCAAAAUCGAAGGGCCAAGUGGAGAAAAAGAGAACGUUACGGCCAAAUACAGCAAGCUAAAAGCCACUUCGCGGCCACCUACGACAUAUCAGUUUUACCAAGGACUGACAGCUAUCCACAGAUUCAGAACAAUUUGUGGGCAGGAAAUGCAAGCGGUGGUUCUGUGGUUACCUCAUGCAUGCUACCCCGUGACGCGUCCUCCUGCAUGACGCCUUACUCUCACUCGCCUCGGACAGAUUCCAGUUACACGGGGUUUUCGAACCACCAGAAUCAGUUCGGCCACGUGCCCCUCAACAAUUUUUUCACUGACUCUCUUCUCACUGGAGCUACCAACGGACACGCCUUUGAAACAAAGCCAGAGUUUGAAAGGAGGUCUUCCAGUAUCGCCGUCCUGAGGAUGAAGGCCAAGGAGCACACAGCCAAUAUUUCAUGGGCCAUGUAACAUACAGUACUCUUUUAUUUUUUCUUUUCAUAGCAAAGUGAAACAUUCUUAUUUCUCAUAUUUAAAGGAUGCCACAAUAAGCUGCUGUGUGUGGAAGGGCUAAAGGUCAAGAUAGACGGUGAGACCAGCUUACGUGAAUAGUUGUUAUUAUUUAACAUUUAAAUCUAAGAAUGGAUUCCCUGAAAGGACUGAAUAGGUUUACCAUGCACCAGCCUCCACAAACUCUGUUUUAGUAGUAAGUGUGUUUUUUUCCCCUAUUGUACAAGUCAAUGAAAUAUGGUCAUGCAACUUCUUAAAGGAAUAAAUGUAUUAAACAAAU